UAUUAUCAGAUCGUACAAUAACACAACAAUAAUGUGACGAUCAUCAGCUUUCUAUUUCGAUGAAAUGAUGGCUAAACCCCGGUGUUCUGUGAUUAAUUAGAGUUGCUGACAGAACAUGGCUGCUCUUCUGCUGAUGUAAGAAGAGCCGAGUGAACUGCUAUUUUCUGUAACAUGAGAACAAAGUUUGUUUCUUGCUGAAAAUGGAGAUCAUUGUGGUAGUUUGUAUCGCGAUUUUAUCACUCCUCUUUUUGGCAUCUGUUUGUGUUCUUGUGGUCAUCUGCCGCUAUCGUCAUUGUCGCAUGUUUGACCUUACACUUAAAGAUAAGAUCCACCAGAGAUCAAGUAAUGUGACUCUAGUCAGUCAUGCCGAGCUUCCAAAUGAAGACUAUGAAGUAGAAUUGAACGAUGUUUGUUGGAAUACAAACAUUGAUGAGUUUCUGGAAGACAAAUGGUCUGAUGAAGCAAGCGGUGUGAUACCACACUGUAUAGUGAUCCUGAAAAUAUGCCAUAGCCUGACUGAAAAGCUGGUUGCUGUAACGAUGGGGAAUGUUGCAUCUUUUAAGUCAUCAAACAGACUAAAUGACAUUGUAGUUUGUGCCAAGAGGAUAAGCCCAAGAGUGGAUGAAGUUGUAAGGUCUAUGUACCCACCAUUGGAUCCAAAGCUUAUCGAAGCUAGGUCAGCGGCCUUGUUACUUGCUCUAGACCGCCUUGCUGUUGCAACCAAGCGUGCAUGCUGUCUCCCUAAUAUGGAUAAUUGGAUCAAUGGCUCCUUAGCAGAAAUGGAGCAACAUCUUCAAAUCUUACGAGAGAUCUCGUUAGCCAGUGAGAUAGACUCUAACGCAGGCUCAAUCUCUUCAGCUACUGAGAGUGCAUAUCAACCUAUGCUACAGGAAGAUAUAGACCAAAGGAAGUCGGAUAUUGCUUGUGCCCCAAACUCAGCUUAACUUCAUCAUAUAUAACAAGUUA